GUCCGAGUCCGUGUCCGCGCCCCUCGGCCCUCCCGGCCGCCCCCAGCCCGCAGCCAGCCUCGGCCUUUUCUGUUUUGGGGCGAGGACGAUCAUGGCGUCGCAGUCCAAUUCGUCCGCGAAGAAGAAAGACGAGAAGGGGAAGAACAUCCAGGUGGUGGUGAGAUGCAGACCAUUUAAUAUGGCAGAAAAGAAAGUUAACGCCCAUUCAGUGGUUGAGUGUGAUCAUGUACGAAAAGAAGUGAGCGUGCGGACUGGAGGACUGGUCGACAAGAGCUCAAGGAAAACGUACACUUUCGACAUGGUUUUUGGAGCAUCUACUAAACAAAUUGAUGUUUACCGAAGUGUUGUCUGUCCAAUUCUGGAUGAAGUGAUUAUGGGUUAUAAUUGCACCAUCUUUGCAUAUGGGCAAACUGGCACUGGCAAAACCUUCACAAUGGAAGGUGAAAGGUCGCCUAAUGAAGUGUACACCUGGGAGGAGGAUCCCUUGGCUGGUAUAAUUCCACGAACUCUUCAUCAGAUUUUUGAGAAACUUACCGAUAAUGGUACUGAAUUUUCAGUCAAGGUAUCUCUAUUGGAGAUAUAUAAUGAAGAACUUUUUGAUCUGCUUAAUCCAUCUUCUGAUGUUUCUGAGAGACUACAGAUGUUUGAUGAUCCUCGCAACAAGAGAGGAGUGAUAAUCAAAGGUUUGGAAGAGAUUACAGUCCAUAACAAGGAUGAAGUCUAUCAAAUUUUAGAGAAGGGGGCAGCAAAAAGGAAAACUGCCGCUACACUGAUGAAUGCAUACUCUAGUCGUUCCCACUCAGUUUUCUCUGUUACAAUACAUAUGAAAGAAACUACAAUUGAUGGAGAAGAGCUUGUUAAAAUUGGAAAGCUGAACCUGGUUGAUCUUGCUGGAAGUGAAAAUAUUGGCCGCUCUGGAGCUGUUGACAAGAGAGCCCGGGAAGCUGGAAACAUCAACCAGUCGCUGCUGACCUUGGGCAGGGUUAUUACUGCUCUUGUGGAGAGAACACCUCAUGUCCCUUAUCGAGAGUCCAAGCUAACGAGAAUCCUCCAGGACUCUCUUGGGGGACGUACAAGAACAUCUAUAAUUGCAACCAUUUCUCCUGCAUCUCUCAAUCUUGAGGAAACCCUGAGUACAUUGGAAUAUGCACAUAGAGCAAAGAACAUACUAAAUAAGCCUGAAGUUAAUCAGAAACUCACCAAAAAAGCUCUUAUUAAGGAAUAUACGGAAGAGAUAGAGCGCCUGAAACGAGAUCUCGCUGCAGCCCGAGAGAAAAAUGGUGUGUACCUUUCUGAGGAGAAUUUUAGAGCUAUGAGCGGAAAAUUAACUCUUCAAGAAGAACAGAUCGUAGAACUGAUGGAAAAAAUUGCUGCUGUCGAGGAGGAACUAAGUAGGGUUACAGAAUUGUUUGUGGAUAAUAAAAAUGAGCUUGACCAGUGUAAAUCUGACCUGCAAAAUAAGUCACAGGAACUUGAAACCACACAAAAAUAUUUGCAAGAAACUAAAUUGCAGCUUGUUCAAGAAGAGUAUGUCACAUCAGCUUUGGAAAGUACUGAGGAGAAGCUUCAUGAUGCUGCCAGCAAGUUGCUUAACGCGGUUGAAGAAACAACGAAAGAUGUUUCUGGUCUCCAUUCCAAACUGGAUCGUAAGAAGGCAGUUGACCAACACAACGCAGAGGCUCAGGAUAUUUUUGGCAAAAACCUGAGUAAUCUGUUCAGUGAUAUGGAAGAACUAAUUAAGGAUGGCAGCUUAAAACAAAAGGCCAUGCUAGAACUUCACAAGACCUUAUUUGGUAAUCUGCUGUCCUCCAGUGUCUUCGCGUUGGACACCAUUACUACAACAGCGCUUGGGUCUCUUUCAUCUAUCCCAGGAAAUGUGUCGACUCACAUUUCUCACAUUUCUAAUAUGAUACUCAAAGAACAGUCGCUAACAGCAGAAAGUAAAACUGUACUGCAGAAUUUAAUUAACAUACAUAAGACUGAACUUCUAAGUUCACUGGAAACGAUUUUAUCCCCCUCUGUGGUCUCCAUAUUGAAAAUCAGUACUCAGCUAAAGCAUAUCUUCAAGACUUCACUGGCAGUGGCUGAUAAGAUAGAAGAUCAGAAAAAGGAAAUGGAUACCUUUCUCAGUACGUUAUGUAACAAUCUACAUGAACUGCAGGAAAAUACAAUUUCUUCCUUGGGUGAAUCACAGACAGUGUGUGAAAACUUGACCGAAGACUUGAAAACAAUGAAGCAAACCCACUCAGAGGAACUGUGCCAGUUAAGCAAUCUUUGGGCAGAAAGAUUCUAUGCUUUGGAGAAAAAGUGUGAAAACAUCCAGAAACCACUCAGUAGAGUCCGAGAAAAAACAGAACAGACAUCUAAGGAUAUAAUCAACAAAACGGCUUUUCACAGUAAAAAGUUUUGUGCUGAUUCUGAAGGCUUAUCACAGGACCUCAGACAUUUUAACGAAGAUGGUACAAAAUUGGUGGAAGAAUCAGUGAAACAUUGUGAUACACUCAGUAGCAACCUGGAAAAAACAUCUGAGGCAACUAAACAGAGAUGUGAGUCUCUGAACACAAGCGCAGUUCAUUUUUCUGAACAGUGGGAAACUUGCUUAAAUAAGAGGAAAGAAGAACUUCAAAAUUUAUUAGAGUUUGUAAACCAGUGUUGUGAAGCUUCAAGCUCAGAGAUCACAGAAAAAUCAAAUGAAUAUAAAGCAGCUAAUGAGAACCAUCAUAAUGCUUUUCUGGGUCAGAUGACUACUGAUGAAGAAAAAUUGAGAGUACAAAAUGCAGAACUUAACAACAGUAUAAAUAUUGGCAUGAAUAAGCUUAAUUGCUUCCUGCAACAAGAACUUAAACUGGAUGUCCCAACAGGUAUGACACCACAGAGGAAAACUUACUCAUACCCCUCAACCCUGGUGAGAACAGAGCCACGGGAACAGCUCCUCGAUCAGCUGCACAGGACACAGCCUGAGCUGUUCAUGAUGCUGAACUGCUCCGAAGACAUCAAAGAAGAGAUCAGUCAGGACAUGGAUGAAGAAAAGAUGCUUCUGGAGCAAACCAUGGAAGAAUCUGUAAGUCAGGAGCCACCUGUAGAUGCUGGCGUGCUUUUUCCUUCACGUGCCGGGGUUCCGUUUUUCCAGCAUAAAAAGUCUCAUGGAAAAAACAAAGAAAACAGAGGCAUUAACCCAGUGGAGAGAUCUAAGCUGGAAGAAACUGCAGAAUCUUCUGUUACAAAGAGCCGAUUACCUCUACGAACACAGAUAAAUUUUUAAUUAAUUUGAGGAUCAAAAAUUUUAUUUUUAAGAAAAAUUUAAAAAUUAAAACCAGAACAUGAGCCUUGUGUAUAGAUUUUAAAAGAAUAGAAUAUGUCAAGGCUGUACUGUAAAUAUUUUGAAUUUAUAUCUACUCCCUCCCUUUUUGGGGCCAUUCCUAUUAUUCUCUCUGUAUUAAGUUGGGUUUUACUUGGGGUUUUCCUUGAGUAAGUACAAGUUUAUGUUGUUAGAUUUUCAUAUAAAGUUACCCUUUUUAUAACACAUGGAAAAUUUUUGUAUAUACAUUACUGAACAGUGAGUAAAAGGGAACUGCAUUAUUCUUCUACACGUGAUCUAACAUGGGUGAACUGGCCUGGGAAGGGACAUUUCUUUUCUUGCUGUGACUGAGUUAAGUAUGUGUGUGUUUCUUAGGCUUUCUUAUUUUGCCUUAUGGGUUCACUUUCGCCUUUUUGUUAUCAGCCCAUUUAUAGAGCUAUAAAAAGAUGUCUUUUUUUAUAAUGAGAAGGAAUUUUACCUAGAAACCUUUAUGCUUUUCAAUGUUAAAAUCAUUGUCUAUAAUAAACAAUUCCUUUUCCUGAGUAUUCUGAAUUUUGUGUUCCACUAGUUGUGCAGCAUGCUAUUCUCUGAGUUCACAGAAAGCCAGCUUCUCCGGAAUGCAGAUGCUGUUAUGGGAGAACUACCUAGGACUCUGAUCAGUGUCGCCUUGCCAAGGCGUAUAUCUUAGAGAAGAUCACAGUGAUUUAAGGACAUUUUGAAACUUAGCAAUUAUGACUAUAAUUUAUAUUCAUUUGUUUGCCAACUGAGACUGUUCUUUGUAUAUAAUAAAAUUUGUACAUAUGUUUUUCUUUAUUGAAAUCAUAGCUCCCAUAAUGCCGCUGGCAUUUUUGAUGAGGCACAUAUAUUUCUGGAAGUAGAGAUGUUUUAGCAGAAAGAGCCAAAGCACUUAAAAGGACUAUGUGCAGAGAAUAAAUGUUGUGCCCACAUUAAGUUUGAUGUAUAAAUUUUAGAGAGAUUUCUUUUCAAUAGCUAAGUAAAACUGAACCGUAUUGGAAAAUUUAGCAAAUAUGCUACUUGGAGGAACUAAAUUUACCUUGCAGAAGUACUAAUUUUCUUUAUAAAAAUGAUGGAUAAAAUUUCUCUGCCAAAAGGUAUCAAUAUAAGCUAUGGAUAAUAUUUAAUAAAGCAUCCUUGGUAAAUCUUGA